AAUACAUUUUUAUACAGUUUCAAAAUCAAAAACCAUUUUUUUGUGGUGAAAAUGAAAGUGAACAAUUUCAGUUGCUCAUUUGACUUCACCACUUAAUCCUCUUUCCAAGCCUUGCCAGACAGAAAACAGUAUAUAAAGACGUAAAUCCGCUCAGUUUUCCGGCUUCUUUGAAGUCCGCUGUAGGGUCGUCUUGCAGUCGUGUAGUUUUUCUGAUCAAAGAUUCUAUUCCGUUAUCAUGACUUUGAGUCAAACAAGCGUGUUAAAACUGUACACCAGUGUGAUAGAAGAUGUAAUUUCUGGAGUAAGGGAUGCUUUUGUUGAUGAUGGAAUCGAUGAACAAGUUUUACAAGAAUUGAAACAAAUCUGGGAAACUAAACUCGUCUCAAGCAAAGCUGUCGAGUUAAACCCUGACCCAGAACCGCAGCCUCCUCCGCAGACCUCAACGAUUAAAACAGAAGUCACACGCAAUGUAGCACCCCAACCAAAGCCAGGAAAUCAUGUUGUAGUCGAUCAGAGUCAGCAGCAGCAACCACUAUCACAACCAGGUUCUAUGUCACAAACACAAUUUCUUGGAGGCACUAUGCAGCAAGCGGGCGUGGUUCAGCAGACUUCUCAGCAACCUGUGCAGCCCCAGCAGCAACAACAGUCUGCUUCCCAAGUAGACCUCACCAAUAAAUUGAUACCUCUCCAAAUCACUGUUCCUACACAGGGAGGUUCUAGGAUUCUCACUAUUGAAGUACCUGCCUCUGCCCUCCAAGAUAAUAUGUUAGCACAAAUUUUAACUGGUCCAGUCAUAUCAACGACAAUCUCUCUGCCUCCUCAUUUAGCGUCCUCAGUUCUGCAGCAGCAUGUCAACGCCGUUCUUCAAGGACAAGCAGCUUCAGGUAUAGUGCAAUUAUCCCAAAAUGCUUUAGCGCAAGCAGGUCUCACGAAUGGAUCUGAUAGUGGAACAGCUACAAGAUCAAAUUUUCAGCAGGUGGAUGGUGCGAAUGAUACAUCGGAUGACGAUGAAGAUGGUGAUGAUGAUGUAGAUGAUGAUGAUGACGAUGACCUAGAAGAUAAAGACGAUGAAGAGGGUGAUGAUGAAGGAGGUGCCGAAGAAGAACCUCUCAACUCUGGUGAUGAUGUUAGCGAAGAAGACCCAAAUGAAUUAUUCGAUACGGAUAAUGUAGUUGUCUGCCAAUAUGAUAAGAUUUCUAGAAGUAGGAACAAAUGGAAGUUUCAGUUCAAAGAUGGAAUUAUGAACUUAUCAGGCAAAGACUAUGUUUUCCAACGAGCCAAUGGAGACGCUGAAUGGUGAUGUCAGUAUUUUCUCCGAUUUCUUCAGCUUUCUUGCACAACGUGCCUCCUUUUAUCUGUUGGCUAGCACUUUCCAACAUUACCCAGUGAAAACCAUCAAUACUGUAAGUGUUGUCUUGUCAACAUCGUAGCAACCUCCAUGUUUUUACUGGAUGAAGAUUUACUCCCAGAUAUCUUACUACAAGCUGAUAAAAAAAAUGUCUUCUAUUCUGCAGGAACUUCAAUCCUCUCAUUUUUUUUUUUAUUUUUUUUUUAACUAUUGCGCUUCUUGUCAGAAGCAGAUACAAACAGGGUAUCUCAAAAGUUGUAAUUAAAUGAUGAAUUUAUUUUCUCCCCAGUGUCAUGAAAGACUGCGGGACUUUCACAUGCGAAGGUUAAGAUGGAUUGACAGCUCUGAUAAAAAUUAGUCUAUAGUCAACCAAUUGAUAAUUUCUUAAUUGUGUGGUAUUUUUUUUUUCAAAAAUACUUGCAAUUCAAAUCAUUUUGUAGCAUCUCAGGUGUUGAUUUACAAAAUUUAUUUGAGAAAUUGUUCAACGUAACUUCAGAACUCAGGUACAUACAAGUUAAUAUUGCCACCCAGCUAGUCUUUCAAUUUGCUCUUUUUACUCAAACUAAAGUUUCAAGAUUAUUUCAAAUGGUACAAUGAUUGAAUGCAAAUUAAUAUCAGAUGCACUUUAGAAUGAUUUGACUCCUGGGAAUUUUUAAAAAAUACCCUAGAACUGAGAAUUCUCCAAUAUUUUUUAAUGGUGGCGUUCUAAAGUACCUGCAAUCCCUUAUAGAUUAAAGAAAUUGUAGCUGAAAUUGCCUAUAUUUCUCUAUAGGCGAAUGAAAAAUUUCAACUCACAACUGAAAAUACUUCUUUGGGAACCUACCUCAGAUUAGAAUGAGAUAUUUUCAAGAUUCAUGAGACUUUAUUUUCUGAUUCUCAGUUUCUUUCUAAUUUGUAUGGUAGGUUUUUGUAUUACCGUUCAAACUUGUCAAUGAAAUGUUCAGAGGAUAGUUAUCAUUUUCUUUAUUUUUUUCAUUAAAAAGAAUUUGUACUUACUUGGUGAAAUACAAAGCAAUUUUUGGAAUCCAAAAAUGCCAGCAACCCAAAGUUAGAAAGAUUCCACUAAAGUCAAAAGGUCAUCACUAUAAUUGGUGAAAAUGAGAGUUACCAAUUUUUUAUUUUAAUUUUUAAUUUUUUUUAUUAAAGAAAAAAAGGAAAUUAAAAUUGAAAUGUGUGAGAUCACUUCCAUGACUGUCCGCAAAUAAUGCGCAAUAUAACUCACACUUAAGCACUUAGAACCAGUGAUUGCCUGCCUCUGCAUCACCCAAAAACUGAUCAUAAACAUUGUACUUAUUAGAUGUAGUUUCCAUGAGAAAGAAACUGAUAAUAGCCAAAGCUUUGACACAAUUGAAUCGUAAUUGAAAAUACGCCAUCUCCAUUUUUCUGAAACUCUGUUCUCGAAUAUCAAGCUCGACUGUUUGGCUGGUACAGAAAAGUAAUUCCAGGCUCUAAAUCCAUCUUCUCUGUUGAAAUGAGUGACUUAGAAUUCCAAAAAUUUAACCAGAUCAGUUGUUAAGGCUGUUUCGGUAAAAAAUAAAAUAACAAGUUUUUAAACUACACGAUCAAUGUAUUGCUAUCCAUGGUUCAAUUAUAAAAAAUAUAAUCCAAGGGUGCGAAGAGUUCUAAAAUUUCAACCGUUUCUCAUGAUUGGGUGUUGCUGCCUCGUGACAAAAUUAGUGAGUCGCAGACUAUACCAGGCCUGAAGGGGCGAAACACUUCUGGGAGUCUCAACAAUUGGCGUACACUAAAGUGUACUGUUUUAAAAGUUUUUACAAGUUUUUCACAAAAUUAGUGACUUUCCUCACAUUUGGCACCUAAAAACCCUCAUAUCUUCAAGAGAAUUCCGUCUUGAGGUUAUGAUUUUUCCUCAGAUCCCUAAAUCUGUUUGCAGAUGGCUAGAUUGGGGAUUUUUCAUACAUAAUGUCAACUAUGCUCCUAGCUAAUUAUGGCAUUAGCCAGAAAUACAGUUGCACUAUCUUCUCAACCAUGCCUCUGGCUGGUUUCAAAAUCAGCCAUGAAUAUUUUUGAAAAUGGACGCAUUUGUAUGGACUACGUGUAUAGGGUUUGCGAGCCCUGUAGCUCCUUUUAAUUUUAUUCAUUUGCCCAUAGCUUUGUUUCACUCAAAUACGUCCAAAUGGUCAUUCUUUUCGUUCUGUGUCCCCUUGAUUCUUAAAAUCAAUAUUAUUGCUGUUUUCAGUGUUUUUACCAUAAUUAUUUACAAAGUGUCAAAAUACUGAACUAAACAGGCUGACUUUUUUCUCCACAAAUUUAUCUCGCAGGUGUUUGUUACCAGCAGAGGUUUUUAAUCCAAGUUCUUGUGGGACAAACUACUUUAUCCCAGAAUAUGUAAUCUCAAGAUCUAUGUUUUACACUCAUGUUAGUUAUGUGCAUUUAAGUUUUUUAAAGCAGUGUAUUCAUACUUAAAGUUACAGGCUCUUCUAUGAUCAAGGUUUUUGAGUUCACUUGAUUUGAUUCUCGACCUGAAUUUUUUUUUUAAACACCCCUCUCAUGAUGUUAAUCAAGAGAUAAAUUCAUCUGCAGUGAAUGAAGAUGGGCUGGAAUGUGCCAGUUAAGUGAAGACGAAACGCAAGUCAAAUCGACAAUACCCACUUUUUUUUUACAUUCAUAUAAAAUUCUCAAAACUAAAGAAAAUACUCAUUCAAAAUCCAGGAGAAGUUUUCAAAUAAGAAAAUUUGCUGUCGGCCUAUUUGAUGGUUGUGAUAAUUCUUCCCUUACCUCUUUGCUCAUAAAUUAAAAUCAAGUGAAAAAAGUUUAAGAAGUCGAAGUAUUAGGGAAAAUAUCCUUUAGUGAGCAAGUAGGUCCUAAAUUUAAUUACAUCUUUGUGGUAGAGAAAGUCUAACGCUGAAAUAUAAUGGCAAUAGACCUUAAAUCAAGACUCAAGUCACUUUUGGUGGAAAAAUUUGCCGCUUAUGGAAUCACUUUCACUGUGUCAUCUUUAUAAACUAGUUCAAAUGUCAAGUGAAUAUAAACAAGAUUUGAAAUUUUAGUGAAAGAUUGCGUGAGACAAAAUACAUAAGCUGGUCAUAGAAAUAUUCAUCAGUUUUUAUUAAUUUAAUGACACCGUGAAACAUUACGGUGUUCCGUGGAAAUGCUCUUGAAGACUCCUUGUGGAAUCCAAUUGCAGUUGGCAUCGGCAUUUUAACAUAAUUGAUUCAACAUGCUCUGGUUGAAGUUUUCCGUUAGCUAUAGUCUCUUAUUGGCUCCUGCCACUUGAGGUGGCUCACUCUCAGGCAGUCCAAUGUAAAUUGGAAGUUGCAUUCGGAAUGCUUCUUUCAACAUUUAGUGUUAUAUUCUCUCCAACUAAGUACAGGUUGAACAACGCCUUUAAUUUGUCCAUGAACUCGUACAACACUACUUACGAUCAAUGAGAAAGGGAAUUGUAAACACGUUUUAGGAGUAAUUGGCUUCAUCAUGAACAUGGUGUUGCGUCUUAAUUUUCUGAUAUCCCUCUCCAAGUGAUCAUGAAAAUCUUGCGGAAAUUAGGCAAAUGGUGACGAAGGCCGACGAACGGACUCAUCAUUUAGUGACCAGUGCCCUAAGUAGCAUGGCUUAUUAAGCCUGUGAUUUAUGAAACAUUAUUUUUGUUGUAUUCUAUCCAAGACUUUAACGGGAGGCUCCUAACCUUCCAAAACUCUUUGUAAGUAACAUGUCAUAAUCGGCCUACAGUUCAUCACUUUUUGUUUUCUUUCCUUCAUCGGAAGCUGUUGAACAAUUAUUUUAUGAUCAUCUGUUAAUUAUUCAUCUUGAUUUAACGAUUUUCUCUCAGAAUGGGUUACUGGAUAAGAUCUGAAAUAAAAAGAAACGUUGCAUGUUUUCUCCUUAAAAUCUUACGUAAUGAAUGAUUCCCGCAUCAGGGAGUUCAGGAAUGAACUCUUGAACGAGGUAUGAACAAGCAUUCUUAACGCGGAUCAAAUGGAAGUUAGAUAAUACUAAUGAUGGAAUUUGUAUUUCUUCCAUUUAAACACUGUUUAGUACAAACACUUAAAUCUUAUUCAGGAGUUGAUUUCCAGAUUUCCCAUCGUGCGAUUCAUUUUUAUUUUGAAAUUUUGAAGAGAGAACAUUCCUAAUUUCAUUCAGGCCUUGUUUAGAGACCCAUUUUGAGUUUUACAAUGGCCAGUUAUUUUGUUAAAAACAAAAUAUACAAGGCAGUUUUGAUUAAUUAAAAUACAGAGAGUUCUGUAUAAAUAUAUUGCUGUAAUAAUUGUAAAAUGCACUAGGUACUAUUAAGGAAAAAAUUUGUGUUCUAUGAUUUUUUGUCCCCCUCUCUAACAAAAAACUUGGAAAUUUUUUCAAUGACGAAGUCAGUCGACUCUGUAACCGCAGAAUAACUUAAAUAAAUGCAACCUAGAAUGUAAUGAAGGGUUCUUGCAACUCAACUAAUUACUUGAUACUCGAUAAUUAUUAGUAUGAUUCAAUUUACAUCAUAAACGGUCCUUAACCAUUUUCUAAAGAGUUUUCACAUUUUUUAGAAGGUCAUGCUAUGUUUGUCCUUUUCUUCCCAUCAUUAAAAUUGGUUGUGUUGUAUUUAUUGUGUAAAUAAACUUUGUUAGUUUUCAGUCGGUUUUAA